AGUUUUCCAAUUUACGAGGUCUCUUUUCCACAAACGACAGACGGGGCAGUACAAGAAUAUUGAAAUUAUUGUGAAGUUUUUCGUUUUAUAUUUUAAUUGUUAAUCUCAUUACAUUAUUGCUGAAUCAGUACGGUAAUUAGCAAUUCGACUUUGUGUUGUUGCAUAGAAAUCAUCAAUUUGGUGGAAAACAGAAUUCAAUUCGAGCAAUCUACACUCGAACAAAAUUAAAACAAAAAUAUUGGAAAAAAUGCCGCAAUCAGCCCAUAGCAAUGGCUUUACAAACGGCCACGGAAAAUACGAUAUGGAGGAUGGCCAGAAUUUUCUAUUUACAUCGGAAUCUGUAGGAGAAGGUCAUCCUGAUAAAAUGUGUGACCAGAUCUCGGACGCUAUUUUAGAUGCACACUUAAAACAAGAUCCAAAUGCUAAGGUAGCCUGCGAAACCGUUGCAAAAACUGGUAUGAUCCUACUCUGCGGAGAAAUCACAUCGAAAGCUGUUGUAGACUAUCAAAAAGUUGUUCGUGACACCGUCAAUCACAUCGGCUACGACGAUUCAUCCAAAGGAUUUGAUUGGGCGACGCUAAAUUUAUUGGUUGCAAUCGAACAGCAAUCACCAAAUAUUGCCGAAGGUGUGCAUAUUGGUCGCGAAGAACAAGAUAUAGGUGCUGGAUUUGACUAUAAGACAUGCAACGUUUUGCUUGCAUUAGAUCAACAAUCUCCAAAUAUUGCGGCUGGAGUACACAUCAAUCGUGAUGAUGAUAAUGUUGGCGCUGGAGAUCAGGGUCUCAUGUUUGGAUACGCUACCGAUGAAACCGAAGAAUGCAUGCCAUUGACCGUUGUUUUGGCUCACAGACUAAAUGAAAAAAUUGCCGAACUCAGACGCGACGGAACAUUUUGGUGGGCACGUCCAGAUUCAAAGACACAAGUUACUUGUGAAUACCUUUUCGACCGUGGCGCUUGCAUCCCAAAACGUGUACACACAAUUGUUGUGUCCCUUCAGCAUUCCGAUAAGAUUCAAUUGGAUGAACUCAGGACCGCCGUUAGAGAGCAUGUUAUUAAAACGGUCAUUCCCAGCAAAUACUAUGACGAACAGACAAUUGUUCACAUAAAUCCAUGUGGCCUGUUCAUCAUCGGAGGACCAAUGGGUGAUGCUGGUUUAACUGGACGCAAAAUUAUUGUCGAUACAUACGGUGGAUGGGGCGCACACGGUGGUGGUGCUUUCUCCGGUAAAGAUUUUACAAAAGUCGAUCGAUCAGCUGCUUAUGCGGCACGCUGGGUGGCAAAGUCGUUGGUAAAGGCCGGUUUAUGUAAACGUUGUUUGGUUCAAGUGUCGUAUGCUAUUGGUGUUGCCGAACCAUUGUCGAUCACAGUCUUUGAUUUUGGUACAUCGACCCGAUCACAAAAGGACCUAUUGGAAAUCGUUCGCAAAAACUUUGAUUUGAGACCUGGAAUGAUUGUCAAAGAAUUGAAUUUGAGACAGCCAAUCUACCAACGCACCAGCUGCUACGGACAUUUCGGCCGUACCGGCUUCACAUGGGAAGAGGCUAAAACUCUUAUUGUUGAUUGACCAGACAGCAACGACGAACCGAAUUCGAAAAAGUCAAAAUAUUCCUCCUCAUCCAUAUAACCGAAACAUAA